AUGAAUUUCUUAAACAAUCCUUACCUAAAAACUUAAACAUUUGACAUAGAAGACUAGGAUAUUUAAUUAUGGCAUUAUAUUCUAGUAGAAAAAAUAUAAAACUUAAUUUCUAUUUCAAUAAAAUUAUAUAAAGGUUUUUAGCAAAAAGAAUUCAAUUUCAAUUUAGAUGUAAUGCAAUUUAGCAUGAUGCAAUUUAAAUUGUCUUAUGGAAAUAUUUUGUAAUCCGAAAACAACUUUUUAACAAUCUAAAUUUUAGGUUUCUAAAUAUUAAAUUGUCUUGAUGAUAGUAAACCAUAAGUUAGUUGUCAUCCAACUUGUCAAGAAUGUGAUGGUCCAAGAAGAAAUGAUUGUUUAUCUUGUUUUGAAUAAUCACACAGAAGAUUUUUAGAAGAUUUUAGGGAAUGUAUUUGUGAAUAUGGAACCAUAGAUUAAAAUGAUUAAUGUAUUAAUUAUUAAACUUUAUAAUUUACAUUAAUUUUAGAGGAACCUAAAUAAGAAAAAUGCAAAUAUGGUUUUUUUGAAUAUGAAGAUGAUUGUAUUUAAUGGUAUUAUUUAUUAUAUAUAAUUAAGCCCUUCAAUAAUUAAUAAUAAUUUAAUAACAUGUUUGGAAUGCUUAUAAAAUCCAAAACAAUGGACUUAAACCUUUUUAUGCGAUACAAAUUUAUUUACAAAUAAAAAUGGAAAUAUAGCAGAAUAUUUUUAAUUUAUUGAAUUAAAAUAUUUUUUAUUAGGCAAUGAUUUAUAAUAUUGCUCAGAUUGUGAUGUUUCAAAUCUAAAUUAUAAUAAUGUUGAAUAAAUAUUAGAAUUUAAAACUUUCUGCAAAAUCUCUCAAGAAAUAAAUAAUGAAUGCUAUUUUUGUGGAAAUGGAUGCAAUGAAUGUUAAAUUUUAUUAACAAAUUUAAAUUGCAUUAAAAUAUAUCCUAGUUCAUUUAGUUUUGAUUUCCAAAAAGAAAAAACAUGUGAUCCUCCAAAUUUUAAAGAUUUUUCAAGUAAAUGUUUUGAGUGUAAGAUACCGUAUUGUUUAUAUUGUUUCAAUUAUUUAGCUAGUGAUCCUACAAAAACUACCCUUGGUUUUUAACAAAAUUUUACAUUAGUUGAUGAAGAGAUUAAGGUAGGAUGUGCUUAAUGUAUAGAGGGAUUUAUUUACAAAUUUUAAACAGGAGAAUGUAUUAAUUAGAGACCUUCCUAAGAAAAUUGUCUUCGAUCCUUUUUUAAUCUAUAAAAUUAAGAAAUUUGCACAUUAUCAGAAAUACAUGAUUUUAAUAUUGCUUUUGAAAUCAUAAACUGUUAAAAUCACAUUCUAAAUUGUUUAUAAUGUAUUGAAACCCCAUAAUAAACUUUGAGAUGUUUAAUUUGUGAAGACGGUUUUUAUGCUUAAAGUGUUUCAGGAGUCUGUUUAAAAUGUGAACAUCCAAAUUCAAAAAAAUGUUGUGAAUCUAGUAAUUUAGGAUAUUGGUAAUGGUUAGUUCAAGGUUUUAUAAUGAAAUUCUUGCCAAAUCGACCUAUUUUUACUAACUCUAUAUUAACCUUUCCAACUUAAGCCACUGAAUGCAUAAAAGGCUAUAAAUUAUAAAAUUUAAAUUGUUAAAAAUAUUGUGAUGAAAAUUGUUCUGUUUGUGAAAGUUUAAAUAACUAUAAUUUUUCUUGCUCCAGAUGCUCAUUAAACUAUUAUAAAGAACCAAUGAAAGUUUAAGAUGAUGGAAAAUGUAUUUAAUGUCCUUCAUUAUGUCAAGUUUGCUAAAACAGAUCAAUUGAAGAAAUAAAAGUAAACAUCUUUUUUAAAAUAGAAAAUAAAUCCUUAUAUUACUAUAACUCCUGAAAAUGCCAUGUAUGCGUAUAAAUGCAUCUAAAAAAUUCCUUUAUAAUAAGUCCAAAUAGAUCCAAACAUACAAAUUGCUUAAUAUUGUUUUGAAAAUAAUUGCAAUUAUAAUUUAGAAUAUGUUUAUGUAUUUUAUUAUUUAACUUAGAAUUUAUAUUAUUGUAACCAUUUAGCCUCUAAUAUGUUACAUAUAAAAGAUAUUUAUAACUAUAUAUAUUCUAAUGAGAUUGGCCUUUAGAAAGUUACUUUAUUAUUUUAAAUAAAGGCGGACUGUAUUUUUGAGGAUUCUGAAUAAUAAAUUGAGAAUGACUUUAAAGAAAAAAUAUUUUCUAUUUAAUAAACUAGUUUGAAGAUUUAGAGCAGUAAUAAUCCUUUAAUAAUUUCAAAUCAUUUAUACCUAGAUAUUUUAAAAUUUGAUUCAAUCAUUUUGAGCCAGCUAUAAUUUUAAAUUAAUCUUUAAUUGAAUAUAAAAAUUGGGAAUGAUGGUUAAUCAAUUAAUUUAAAUAUUCAUGAUACAGAAUUUUAUUCAAUAGAUAAAAAUCUGGCUUAAAUGUCAAUUAAAUCAGAUAAAUUCCUCAAUUUUAAUUUGUAAAAUAUAUCAAUUUUUGAUAUAAACAUAGAAAAUUCAUUAAUUUUUGAUGUAAUUUGUGUUGAUUAGGGGGAUGAUCUAAUAAUUAUAAAUCUUUUACUUAGAAAUUGUAAACUUACUAAUUCAACAUUAUUUUAAUUUUAAAACAGCAGGAGAAACAUUUAAAUCAAACAUAUCAUCAUUGAUUCUUGUUAAUUUUACAAUUCAACUUUUGCAAAAUUCAAUCUUAAUUAAAAUGAAUUUUCAUAAGCCACAUUUAAUGAAUUUUCUAUAAUAAACUCUAUUUUUUCAAAUUCAAGUCUUAUAUAUAGUACUGAAAAAACUGAAACUGCUAUUCAUAUUAAUGAAAUCUCCUGUAAAUAAAAUUAAUUUAUGAAUUCAAAAUUCAUAAUUUUUAAUUAUGACUUUUACUGUUAAAAUUUUUUAUUCAAGGAAAACAAUGUUAAUUAAUUUUAAUUAAUAUCAUAAAUCUCAUCCAUGUAAAGAAAGUAAGAAAUUUAGAUGAAUAAUAUUUAGAUUUAUGAAAAUACUGUAAACUAUUUUUCUAUUUUUAUUACUGAAUAAAAAUAAUCUACUUCUUAAGUGAUAAUUUAGCUAAAAAACUUUUAUUUUUAAGAUAAUGUUAUUAAUUGUAAUUAAGAAUAGUAACUUAUCAUUUUUAAUUGCCAUAGCUUAAUAAUGCAAAAUAUUUUUCUAAGAAAUACAACUAAUUUUCGAUUUAUAUCAUUAUUUGCUAUUCCUUUUAUAAGAAUUGAAAAUCUUGAUUAUGAAAAUUAAGUUUAGGAAUUAAAAGUAAGAAUAUCAUCUAAUUGUUUCUAAAAUUGUCUUCCUCAUUCCUAAUUAUUAGUAGUCUCAGGUUUUACUGAAAUAAUAUUAAAUAAAAUUAAACUUUUAAAUUAGUUUAGUAUAGAUUAAUCAAUUAUCUCAAUUUAAUCAAAUCCAUUGAUUAUGUUAACUAAAUAAGAAUAUAUUAAAUUAUAAGAUAUAUUAGUGAAUGGAAAUAUUAUUAUAAAACAAAAUAUCGGAAGUACUAUAUCCUUGAUAGAAAUAAUGUCUACGAAAUCUUAAAUUAUAGAAAUAAAAAAUCUAAACUUUUAUGAGAAUGUUUUUCAUUAAUAUUAUGAAGAUCCAUCUGAAACUUUUGCAAGUCUUUUGUAUGUAGAUUCAAGAUCAAGUUUUAUUAUUUUAAAAAAUAUCAUUUGCACUAAUAAUUCAAUAACAAAUUCUUCCUCAGCUUAUAUAUUUAUCUUGUCAAAUGAAAUAUAGAUUGAGCAUUUUUUAGUUAAUAAUCAUAAUUAUAUUGAUCAAGAAUUUUGGAUUAAAUAUUACGAAGUUGAAAUAUAAGGAGAUUUUAAUUAAAAUGAAAUUACUUAUAUAAUCUCAGACUUAUUCAAAAUUGAAAAUGUAGGAGGUUCUUUAUCAAUAUAAGCUACCAAAAUUACUUUGUUUGAUGGAGUUUUUAAUUUUAUACAAGCAAAAGCUAGUCAAAUCUUUAACAUCAACCUUAAAAGAGAUGGAAUAGUAAUUAUUAAAAAUUGCAAAAUUACUCAUGCUUAUAAUUCCUUUAUUUUUAAAACUCAAAAUGAUGGUGCAAUUACAAUUAACGCUAAAAAAAGCUUAUUUUCACUUUAUCUAGAAAAUAUUACCUUAAUUGAUGUUAUAAAUAAACUAUCUUCUUCAAUAUUGACAAUAUAUCCUUCGCCCUCUUAAAAUAAUGUUCAAAUAAAAAAUAUUAUUGUUAAAGACUGUUUUUCUCUUGUGAAUUAGAUUCUCAAUUUUGAAUUUGAUUUUUAGAAUGCCUAAUAAAAUAAUGUAAAAUUAUAAAAUUUUAGAAUUUUUUCGACUGAAAAUGCCUUUAAUACUUUUCUUCAAUCUAUAGGGAAACUUAGUCUAAUAGAUAUGUAGAAAAUAAUUAGCAAUAAUGCAAUAAUGAAUUUUUUAGGAUGUUCAUUGACUUUAAAUGAUAUUCAAAUAGAAGGAAUUAUAUUAUCCUCUGUUCUAAAAAUAACAGAUUCAAAAUAGAUAAUUGUUAUGAAUACCUUAUUUAUAAAUAUAUUAACUUUUUAUCCCUUGUAUUUAGUAGACGUAAAAUAAAACAAUAUUUUAGUAUCAAGGAUAUAUUUUAAUAAUAUUUAAAUAUAAAAUCUUAAUGAUCUCAAGUUCACUAAUUAAAAUUACCAUUAUUUUAAUUAUAAUCAUAUUGGCUUAAAUUUAGGUUAAUGCAAUUCAAUAAUUAAUUAUGUAGAGAAUAAUAUAAAAGUGGAACUUAUUUAAACUUUUUUUGAAAAUGUUCUUGCAAAUUCAAAUUAGAAUGGAGCAUUAAUAAAAAUCAGUAGUUUCACAAAUAGAAAUAUUGUUAUUUUUACUAAAAUUUAGGUAUUGAAUAAUAAUUGUUAAUAUUGUUAUGAAGGUUUAUUAUAUUUUGACAUAAUAGAUUUCAAGCAAAUAACAAUCUCAGAAUUAUUUUGCAUAAAGAAUAAUAUCCUAAAUUAUGGUUGUAUAUUUGCAAAAUCGGACAGAAGAGUUGACAGUAAAUUUUAAAUCGAAGAUUCAAUCUUCAUUUCUAAUAAUGGUAGAUAAGGAUCUGGCAUUUUAGUUGAAAAUUUAAAAGUUAAAUUAUCAAAUUCAAAAAUUAUUAAUAACAACGCUACUUCUAAAGGGGGUGGUUUUUAUUUUAUAGAAGGUUCUGAUAGAUUUAUUAUUUAAUCUACAAUAAUUUGCCAUAAUAAAGCUGAGGAAGCAGGGGGUAUAUAUUUAGAUGGAAAUAGUAGUUUAAAUAACAAUAAUUUUAUUAAGUCGAUUCUCUUAUUUAAUUAAGCUUAAUUGUCUUCAAAUAAUAUUAAUGAAUUACCGUUACGAUUAACAUUAUCAAUAAAUUUAAAGGAAAUGUUUUCAUCAAAACAUAUAAUCGAAAAUCAUUCCUAUUAGGUCUUAACAGUAAAGCCUUUUUAAAUCUUAUCAUAAGAAAGUGUGGUAAAAUCACAUUUUUUAUUAAUUCCUAGUGGGUAGUAGAUUUAGAAUUAUCAGAUUUAUAAUUCUAAGCUUUAGAAAUAUUAAUCGUAUUUUCAUGAAUUUAGCAUGAAGUUUAAAAAUAGUAGGAAUGAAAAAUAAAUAAACUUUAAUAAUUCUACCUGCAAAAUAUAUUAAUAGAUUUUUGAUAUUUAAUUAUCAAAAGUAAUUGAAUUAACCUAUAUAUCAAUAAUAAGUUUUAAUCAAGAUACAAACAGUUUUAAUUUAAGUUCAUUAGAAUUUAAUUUAGACCCAUAUAAUUAGGAUAAUAAAAUAUACGAAAUAUUAAUUUAUUGUAAUACACAAUAUUAGUAAGAGAACUUAGCCUAUAGAAUAAGAGUUAAUAGUUUCUUAUGUUAAUUAGGAGAAUUUUAUAUUUUCUCUGGUUGUUAAAGAUGUAAAUCUGAAUAAGGGUUUUAUUCUGUGACAUAUAAUACUACAAAGUGUUCAAUUUUUGAUAAAAAUAAAUUUGAAGCUAUUACAUCUAAUAGAAUUUAAUUAAAACCUGGAUUUUGGAGACCAAAUUAACUUUCAGAUUUUGUAGAGUAUUGUUAUAAAAAUGCAAUCCAUUGUUUAGGAGGAUGGAAUGUAGGUAAUGAUAUUUGUUCAAUGGGACAUAUAGGGGGAUAUUGUGAAGAAUGCGAUAGAUUUGAUAUUAGAGGAGAUGGAAAAUUCUUUAAAAAUUAAUAAUAACUUGAUUGUUAAAAGUGUCAAGAGCUCUCUAAAAGAUUUCUAGCUUUUUUUCUUACAUCAAUUUGGUAAAUUGAUAUUAGAUUUAUGAUAGGGCUGUUGUUUCCACUCUUUUAACAAUCAAAAGUAUUGAAAAAUCAAAUUAGCUUUUUGCUUAAAUAAAAAUAAGAUAAAAUUUUACAGAAAUUUUAUUCAAACUCAAUUAAGGUAACGUGAAUAAUAUAAAUAUUUUAGAUCAUGAAAGUAUCUUACUGAAAUUAUUUUUGAAUUAUAUAUGGGUGUUCUCUCUCAUAUUUACAUUUAAUAUUAGCUUUUCGUUUUCAUUUAGCUUUCUUAAAUACUCUAAUGAUACUUCCUAUUUUAUGGCGAACUAUUUUGAAUGUUUUUUAGCUGAAAUUUCAGGAAUGGAAUUAAUGUACAGUAGAAUUUUAGUAAUGUUUGCACUUAUGGCUAGCUAGAUAUUAAUUAUCUUUCUAGGAUUUUAAAUAUUAUCAAAAUUUUAAAAAUCUAAAUUUCCUAGCAGAAUUAUCUCAAUUACAUGUCUAUCUUUGUUUAUCUAAAAUUAUGCCUCAUUGAUCAAUCAGUAAAAUUUAUUAUUAUAGUUUAGAUUUUUCUAAAUUCUAGCAAUUAGGAAGAUAUCAAAUUUAAGCUAUAUAUCUGGAGAUGUAUCCUUGAUUUAUGGUUCAUAAAAUCAUAUUACAUGGAUAUAUGCAUUUGCAAUACCUGGAUCAUUAAUAAUAGGAUUAAUAUUACCAUUAUCAUUAUUUUUUAUUUUGUACAUCAAACAAAAUUAGCAUAAUAAAAUAAAAUUUAGAAGACAUAUUGGCUAUUUAUUUAAUGAAUAUAAUAAAAAGAACUAUUUUUGGGAGAUUAUUAAAUUAUGGAAGAAAACAAUUUUAAUAAUUAUUCUGAUCUAUUUUGAAACUCAUAUCUUUUUAAAAGCAUCUCUAUUAGGACUUUGUUUACUAAUUUACUAACUAAUAACUCAACAUUAUAAACCAUAUAUACUUAAAAAAUUCAAUGUUUCUGACAUAAAAAGUGGUCAGUUCUGUUAAAUUGCAAUAUUUUUAGCAGUCAUAAAAUACAUUUGUGAAUAAGAAGAGCAAUAAAAUAUUUAAACUAUAAUUCAAAUAGUUAUCAUCAUUGAUAGCGUAAUAUUGAGUUACCCAUUUAUUACUGAUAUUUUGAGAGUUUAUUAUUCAAAAUACAGGUUGAUAAUUUUAUAAAUUCUUUGGUAAGCAUUUCAAGCUUUUAGACCUAAUUUUGUAUUUACAAAGUUUUUGAGGAAAAAAUUAUCACAUAUAAGUUAAAAAGAAAAGAGGGUUAAAAUUAAUAUUUUAAAAAUGAAAAAAUUGAUAUUUUAAAGAAAUUUAGGCAACACUUAGUAAUUUUAUAUUUUUAUUAUAAGAGCGAAAAAUAAUUAUUUAUAGUGGACUUCAUCAUAGACUAGACCAAUUUAAAUAACUCUGACCAAUUUAUUAUAAUAAAGUUGA